CUUGCCAGCUACUCCCAGCUCCCCCAAGGGAAUCAUCCACCAGCAACAGGCACCAUUGUACCCUUGGCCCCAUGGAUGAGAGGCGAACACCCUCUCCCUGCUCUUCGAGGCCCUCCAGUCCCAGGACCCCACCCUGUGAGAUGUUUGGUCCUGUGGGCAUUGAGGCUGUGCUAGACCAGCUGAGGAUCAAGGCUAUGAAGACUGGGUUUGAGUUCAAUAUCAUGGUAGUCGGGCAGAGUGGGCUAGGCAAGUCCACCAUGGUGAACACAUUGUUCAAGUCCAAAGUGUGGCAGUCACCUGCACCCAACCUGGAUGUACCCAUGCCACAAACAUUGGAGCUGCACUCUGUGACCCACGUCAUCGAGGAGAAGGGACUGAAGCUGAAGCUGACAGUGACAGAUACACCUGGCUUUGGAGACCAGAUCAACAAUGACAAGUGCUGGGACCCUAUCCUGAGUUACAUCAACCAACAGUACGAGCAGUAUCUACAGGAGGAGCUUCUCAUCACCCGCCAGCGCCACAUCCCCGACACCCGUGUGCACUGCUGCGUGUACUUUGUGCCACCCACUGGCCACUGCCUACGGCCCCUGGACAUUGAGUUCCUGCGACGGCUGUGCCGGACCGUGAAUGUGGUGCCUGUGAUCGCCCGGGCUGACAGCCUGACCAUUGAAGAACGAGAUGCCUUCAGGAGCAGGAUUCAGCAAAACCUGAAAAAUCACUGCAUCGAUGUGUACCCGCAGCAGUGUUUCGACGAGGACAUCAAUGACAGGCUCCUCAAUAGUAAGAUCCGGGAGCAGAUCCCUUUUGCUGUGGUCGGGGCUGACCGAGAGCACAUAGUGAAUGGGAGAUGUGUCCUGGGCCGGAAGACCAAAUGGGGCAUCAUCGAAGUGGAGAACAUGGCGCACUGUGAGUUUCUUCUCCUGAGAGACCUGCUCAUCCGCUCCCAUCUCCAGGACCUGAAGGACAUCACCCACAACGUACACUACGAGAACUACCGGGUCCUCAGACUCAAUGAGAGCCACAUGCUGCCCCGGGGGCCAGGCUGGGUGAACCUGGCUCCAGCCUCCCCUGGACAGCUGAUGGCUCCGGGACCAGAAAAGGUCCGAAAGCGAUCCAAGGAUCCCAAGGAUGAUGAGUGCUGAGGGGCAUGGCCCCAAGCCUGCUAGGCUCCUCCCUUCCUCAGCAGCCAGCUCCCAACACACACCCUAGAGCAUCUAUGUGAACCUGGAGUUGCUUUGUACUAAAAAGCUGUGCUUUGACAACUAAAGGGUUUGUAAACGAGUCCUCUGA